CUGGUGCCACGCCCGCUGUCAUCUUCGUUUCUUUAGUUUCGACAACCACCCAUACCUCCAGAUUUCGAACGCACAACUCCGCGAUUAUCUCAGAGAGGUACGACCGCAAGCCUGUCGAUUUUGCGCGCUUGAAGGCAGCGCAGCGCCUACGGACUUGAUCCUACCGUCAACGAACUUGACAGAGCCUCACUCGCCUCGUCCUUGCAGGUGACACCUCGAGUAAUGCAAUCAUAGAACCUCUGCGCCCGACAGGCAAAUACACGGACGUCUCGAUAGCUUCGACCUGAGGAUUUGCCUUUGGUACAAGAUGGGGUGGACCAUCUUUAGGAUAGCGGCCGACUUGUGCCACAUCACAUCCAAGUGCAUCCUCAUAUUCUCCAUCCACCGAAACAGGAGCUCCGAAGGCGUCUCCCUCCUGACGCAGCUCUUCUACGCCCUGGUCUUCAUUACGCGCUACACAGACCUCUUCCGGGAGUCCUUCGCAUGGAACUACUUCUUCAAGGUCUUCUACCUUCUCUCGUCCUUUUAUACCAUCGCCAUCAUGCGCUUCGUCUACCCGCGAACCCGUGAACGCGAAGUCGCCUGGAAGCUAAGCGCCCUGAUUUUGGUCGGCGUAACGGUCCUGUCGCCCUUCAUCAUGAUGAUCUUUGACGAAUCCAGACACUGGAGUUUUCAGGAGUACCUCUGGGUCUUCUCGCAAGUCCUCGAAUCCGUCGCCGUCCUUCCGCAGCUCCUCCUCCUGCGGCAGACCACCAUCCCGACCGUCAUCACCUCGUUUUACAUCGUCUUCCUGGGCUCGUACCGCGGCCUGUACCUGCUCAACUGGAUCCAGGGCGAGCUCGACACCAACAUGAAGACGCCCAACCCCAUCUCGGUCAUCUUCGGCGUCGUCCAGACGGCCCUCUACCUCGACUUUGCCUGGGUCUAUUGGUCACGCCAGCGCGUCAAGCUGCGCAACGGCGGCGUCGUCGACGCCGAUGACCUCUCGCGCGGCUGGCUGCUGCGCCGCAUCUUUGGCAGCAAGCGGUUCACGCAGGACAUUGACGGCGCCGCCAGCGAUGACGAGGAGAGCGCCCCCGCGCUCGGUGGCGGGAGGCGGACUAACUACAACCACCACUAUGGCGGCGGCAGUGGUGGUGGUGUUGGUGGCAGACCUAAAUGGGGAUCCCGCGGCAUUUCGAUCAGUGCCGACGAAGGGGUGCUGGAGCACGAGCGGGCGCGGGUUCUGGAUGGUGAUAAUGACGAUGAAGAGCACGGCGUUACGGAUAUUGUGGACCCGGAUGCCAAGAUGCGCGAUCCGGAUGAGUUGGCCAGGGCGCUGGAUGAGGAUGGAGAUCUUGAUGGCGCGGGGUCAUCAUCACAGCAGAAGCAGGCGACAGCGCACACUGACUCGCAGGGGCAACCCAGCGGGGUGAGGAAUGGGGAUGAAUGGGAUGAUGAUUGAAGGGUGCAUGGAGCUGGUGCAUGCGUGCCUGGUAUUUGGGACAAGGGUAUGUCUGGAUGGUGGUGAAUUUGAAGUCUCAAAUCUGUAUUUGAAAGACUACGACAUGUACAUGGCUAGGUCUCCUCGGCGCCUGGAUCCCUAUGGGACUGGUAAUGGGUGUUUAGGUGUUGGUUGGAUUUGAGCUAUCGACUUUGGCAGAGAGUUUGAUCAGAUCAAGGUUACAUAAACCGCAUAUAUAUCUCACCUGGCUACGACGCAUAGAAACCGUUUCGCAUGCGUCAGGGAAUGGUAGCAACCCGUAAACGGACAGCUGGAGCUCUCAAAAUCGCACAACAAGGUGACAUCGACGGAGGCAUCGCCCUUUCCCCUCACGCACACAAGGGGAGGUCGAAGGGAGAAACCAGUAAAUGCAGGCUCUUAACGCUCCAUGCAACCA